AUGCAGAACAACGAGCAACAACUAGAGGGGAGGGACGAACAAAGAGCAGACACUGGAGACAAGAAGAAUAACAGAUGUCUACUGGAAGAAAAUAUGUCAGAAGUAACAAAUUCGGUGGAGAACCAUAAACAACAGGUGCAAUCCCUAGAGGAAGAACUGCAGGACAGGAACAGACAACUAGAGGACUUGAGAGCGCAACUACUGAGGGAAGAAAGGGAGCUGGAGAGAAAUAAACACUGGGAAGAGGGCAGCAGGAAACACCAUCCUGGGCACACACACACUCACACACACACAUCCACAGAGACCCAGCACAGUGAGAGCAGACAGGGGGAGGUGGCUGGGAGACGGGUGACCGUGGUGGACACUCCAGACUGGUUCUGCAGUGGACUCUCUGAGAAGGACAUGAGACAGGACGUGGGGCUUUGUGUCCAUCUGUCUGCCCCAGGACCUCACGCCUUCCUCCUGCUGAUUCCAGUGGAGCCGUCUGAAGGGGAGGAGAGGAGGAUGCUGGAGAAAAUGGAGGAUAUUUUUGGGGAGGGCUGUUGGGGACACACACUGAUCCUCUUCACCCAUGCUGAGGGGCUGAGAGAGAGGAGUGUGGAGGAGUUGCUCCAGACAGGGAGCCAGGAACUCCAACAGCUGGUAGAGAAAUGUGGCAACAGGUGUCACCUUCUCAACAUUAAGGACAGGCCUGAUGACACUAAGAUCACACAGCUGCUAGAGAAGAUAGAAGAGAUGGUGUCAAGAAACAGAGAGAGAUUCUACAGCACUGAGACCUACCAGGAGGCAGAGAGACAGCUCAGAGAGAUAGAGAGAAGGAUGCAGAAAGAACGAGAGGUGGAGGAGAGGAAACUG